AUGCUCUCAGGGCUUUACCCCAAAGGGAGCCCUUCCAGAAAUUCUCAAGGGCCUAAGCCAAACCCAGGCCCAAGAGGGGGUUUGGAAAUAGUUUUCAACCAGCAAUAG